CGUUUUGGUGCAUGGCACAGAUCGUUGAGCGUUACUUGACGGGUUACUACAGCCCCGGGUUAGAGGCUGUGCAGGUGGAUGGUGAGGUCUUGUUUGGUCUUAUCAAGAAGGUCUUGCCUGCAACACAUAAACAUAUGAAGAAGCAUCGCAUCGAGCCCAUCCUCUACAUGACAGAGUGGUUCAUGUGUAUCUUCGCUAGGACCUUACCAUGGACAUCUGUGCUAAGAGUCUGGGAUAUGUUCUUCUGUGAAGGUGUAAAGAUCCUGUUCCGGGUAGCCCUGGUCCUACUCAAGCAUACGUUAGGGACCUCACAGCAGCUAGCAGAUAGUCCUGGACUCUAUGAAACCAUGGAGAGACUCAAGAACAUUCCUGAUACAGUCGUGCAGGAAGAUUUUCUAGCCUCUGAGAUGCUGAAGAUACGUGUCUUUGAGAAGGACCUUGAGGCAGAACAUUCGCUGUCCCUCGCCAGACGUAAAGCCAUAAGGGAAAGACAGCUCUCCUCCGAGAAGGCUGCUGCUAUGGCUCGUGACAUAGAGGUCAAGAAGAAGACAUCCAAGACCAAGAAUCCUGCCAAGGAAUGGGAGAAAGAGAAGAAGAAGAAAGAGAAGGAACGCUUGAAACACGCAGACAGCGAUUCUGUGAUAAGUGUGCCUAAUUCACUGGACAUGUUGGAAGAGGAAGAUGCUGAAAGUGUUCGGAAUGGUGUCGAUGGCGAUGGGACGUUACGUAAAGACGACAAGAAGAAGAAAAAGAAGGAAAAGAAACAAAAGAGCAAGGAGAAGUUGUCGAUCAAUACAAAGGCAGCAAUGAGCAGAAACUGGAGCGGCGAGUUGCACAGUCCGGACAUUGAAAAAGAAUAUGAGAUUGUGGAUAGGUUGAGUUCUUCCUCGGCAAGCCCAACUAAAAGUGUGAAGAGUAGGAGUACAACGGGCUUCUCGGAAAAAGACUAUACCAGCGAGGAUGGAGGUGAUGGACAGGGCAGCAAGAAAAAGAAAAAAGAUAAGAAAAAGAAAAGCAAAGGGAAAGAAACCGAUGUGAUAUCAAUAGGGGAUGACACGGCUAGCAUGGUCAUUUCUACAGAAGGACUUACAGACACGAUCGAUAGGAAAAAGAAAAAGGAUAAGAAAAAGAAAAGAGGUAAAAGUAAAGAGAAGGGAUCGUCGGGUGAAGAAAAGGGUGACGAUGUGAUAAGUAUUAUGACCGUACCUGAUAAUAUGAUGUUUGGAGCUGGGAAGGACAGAAAGAAAGAUACAAAGAAGGAAAAGAAGAGGACAAAAAAUAAAGAUUCAGAGAUUGAGAUGGACCUUCCCGGGAUGGUCCGAGGACGCGACGAUGAGAGUGUAGAUAAACUAUCACAAGCAGAUACAGAAUCUAUUAAAUCGUUAUCCAAGAAAGACAAGAAAAAGGAAAAGAAAAAGAGGGCAAAAGAGUUGGUAAAAGAAGCCCAGGCAGUGAAAGGUAAUGGUGUGAUACGCAACGAGCAUGCGAGCGAUGGCAAUACUUCCUCUCCUGCUAACCUUAGUGACUAUGAAGUUGUGGAGAGAUGGAAACCACCAUCUGACAGCUCCAAGCGUGGGUCGGAGAAAAGAAUGGGUUUGAUAUACAGUGAUGAUGAUAUCCAAAGUCAGUGGGCUGGGAUGGCCAGCUUAGGCCCUUUGUCUGAGAUACCGACCUUCGAUGAAAUCGUAGAGCGGAAGAGGAGGAGUCGAGAACAGGAGGAGAGGAGGAGUCCAAGAUUGUCUGAACCCACGUCACCGAUUAGCGAAAGCACUACAUGGAAUUCUUCAAGUGGGACUGGGAUGCCCCACUCGUACUCUAAUGGCAUGGAGCCUGAAAGCGGUUUGUCCCAAGUCGGCAACAGUAGGGAUAUUGAGAGGACUGAUAAAGCUAAAGCCAAAGGUCCGACAAGAGACUAUCACAGCUUUGACUAUGGCACUACCGUAUGAUACUGAGACAAAGAAAAGACAAACGACAACACUUGGUGAAGAACGUGUGCUAUUCAAAAGUUGGGACACAACUAGACUUGCAUGUGUCAUUGGACAAUUUCUUGUGUUACAUGGAUUUGAGCAGAAUGUCCGCUUGCCAUCUGUUAGCUGGGUCCUUAAUGAAUGGAUCAUCAAGUCAGUGCCACUAUAAUAAUGUAAUGUAAUGUAGACAGUGAACAACCAGUUGCAUGUGCAAUAAUCUGCAAAUCCAGAAAUGGGGGAAGGGGGCAUUGCACAUGUCCCUCCUUUUCUCAGAAUAGUGUGCAUUGUCCCUCCCCCGUUGUUGGAGUGCCACUCUCUUUGGGGAAGUGAAUUCUUAUUUUAUUAUUCCUUUUUUUUUUGGGGGGGGGUCAGAAAAUGUGAGAGAAAUUGGCCUGCUUACUGUGCUCCUCUCUUGAAAAAUUAUGGAUAAGACAAUACCAGUGAGGUCUGUAGACAGUAGACACUCGUGUCCUAGGUCUCCAUUCAAGUUCUUUGCUGUAUCACAGAACACUGGAUACCUUUUUUCUAAUAAGGAGUAAUUUUAGUGAUUGGUGGUGGCAUGCAUGUUUAGUACGUUGUGAUACUCUUUGAUCAUCUUCCGUAAUUGAAUAACCAUUAUGGAGCCAUUUUUAGCCAAAGUUUAUAAAUAAAACUCUAUAAACUAUGUCAAUAGCAGAUUACAAGCUUCUGUUACAAGUUACUGAAAUGGUGCAAUUUGAUUGGCUUAGGAUAAGCUUGUAUUGGAUUUCUAAUGUUUGUGAUUGAUAUUGAGUUUCAUGUAAAAUAGCCCAGGUCUUCUAAUUGUCUAGAAACUUAACCUAUGGAGUUCUAUAGUUACAUGUAUGCAUUAGCUCAUAAAAGCACCACUCUACUCAAUAUUCAUGACUGGUUGUGAUGACCUCAUAUUUACUGGUAUAUUAUUUGUAAAAGAAGAGACCAAUGUUGAUGAAUCAAAGCAAUAUGGAUUCAUAUUGGUGCUGACUUUAUUAGCCCAAACACCCCUUACUCCCUUUGAAAAAUCCCUAUUGCUGUUCCAUUUUAGAGACAUACAUGCAAGGGCAAAGUUUAGUAGGUAAAGGUCAUCAGUUCUUGUUGAAUGAUUAGCAAGGAUAAUAAGGUCAAACCUGCUCCAAUGAUUACCUGUAUAAAAGGGUUACAAUGUAUCUGUCAAUAAAGAGUUGAAUACCAGUAGUUUGGGUUCCCUUUGAUACCUUACCUUACCGCUGUUCCUUCUCUUUAAAGAGGUUGGAUGUCAUGGUUUUCCAUCUGUCUCUAUCCAGUGCUAUCUUGCAGCAUUCGUUUAUCUUUCUGCCUGUCAUCUCUUCAAUAUUUCCAAGCCAGCUUUUCCUUUUACGUCCCCUUCCUCUUUUGCCUUCAAUUUUUCCCUCCAUGAUUUUCUUUGACAAGAAUGUUUGAUAACUUUCCCGAUUUAAAUAAAUACAGGAUCUUGUCCAGAAAUGCCACCUGCUCAGAAAGAUGGGUUUACUCAUCUCCCUUUGACGGUCUUUAGGCAUGUUUGAAACAGGGAAUAAUUUUGCUCUACAAAUUUGAAUAGCAUUUUUGGUCAGAAGAGAAAAACUCUCAACUCAGUAAUGUACAGUCCUAUGUAAAAAUAUGUUGUACAAAAGACUUUAUGUGUAGCAGUCUUCAA